CAACCAGUCAGACUCAGUAUCGCGCGAGACGUGUCGGAGUGUGGACGUGUCGCUCCGCUCUCCGAGGGACGACGACGCUCUCAUCUUGAUCGACACGUGGAAAACCGAUCAAAAAGAAAAAACUCGUCUUGCAUCGCGCGGUUUUUCGUUGCCGUCGUGGAAAAGGCGUCUUAUUAUUAUUAUUACGCGUGGAAACAUAUCAGUUAUACAUGUAUAUGAAUUCCAUUGAACAUUGAUUUUGGAAGUUUUAAGUGAACGUGUUUAUUAAGAAAGACAAGAGGUAAAAAAAAAGUGAUAACCAAAGAGAAAAUAAAAACAGUAUUAACAAGACGCUUUGAAAGAAUACUCUCUUGGAAUUAAGAGUUUGAAUUGUGACUUUAUUAGUCUUCUUCUUGCUGGGAAAUAUGAACACCUGACGAAAUGGGGCGUUUGCGUCCUCAUAGAUUGCCCGCGCAUAUAUAAGACAUGAAGAGGGAUGCAUUGCAGUCCGCGUGAGGCGGCUUCAGCAUGGGCGUGGGCGAUGAUGGCUCUGGACUGGCAGUGGAUGACGAGAUGGGCGUGGGCGUGGCCGCAGGAGGAGGAGGAGAAGGCGGGAUCGGCGUGGAGGCGGCGGCGGUGGUGGUCAUCACCCUUCUGGCUGUCCUGGGCAACGCCAUGGUGGUCGCUACCUUGGUCAGGAGGUCGCUCCUGCAUCACCCUUCCAACAGACUGGUUCUGAGCUUGACAGGCAGUAAUCUGGUCUUGACGGUGGUUGUACUUCCUGGAAUGGUGACCUCUCUGCUGAUGACACCAGCAUCUCCGAGCAAACAGCCCCCAACCUUGCAGCACCAUUUCAACAACUCUGGAAUCUCACCCUCCCAUGACACAAUUGAAUCCAUUCCCCUACUGAAGAGAAGUGAUGCUGAUACAGCGGCUCUUUCCCAGCAGCCAAAUGAAUCUGUCAUCUCCUUGCGCAACUUCACCAACAACUCGUCCUCUCUACAGGAAAGCGGGGAAGAGUCUUCCCCAUUUCCUAGCAACAGUGUCUUGCUGGAAGAUUACAGUGAUGAUCCCAUGACCUUUUCCCAUUCACAGGGUACCCAAGAAGUCACGACCCCAAUUCCCGAAUUCUUUACCACCGAAUUGCCAAUAUACUUGGAGGUUUCUUCUAGUGUCAUGGAUUCUGCCGUGCCACUUCAUAGGGACGUCUCUAUCUUGUCACAAGAACUGCAGAAUUCGCAACCCUCGUCUUGGCAGGGGGAAAUAGUCAGGCCCCAAAACUUGCACCAGCAAGAAGUGGACCAUCACCAGAAAUCCAUCAGAAGCAGAGAGUUUCAGGCCACUCCUCUCCUUAGGGACAAGUUCGGAGAGAGUGCAGAAGAUGGUGGAAUCACACCCGAAACGGCAGGUUAUGUUCAAAGGCAAAUGAUUUCCAGAGAUGACGUUGUACAUUUGAUAGAUGCCAAAGAAAAUCGACACCAAGAGACUCAGGGUAAGGAAAUCAGAUCGCUGUCAGAAAACGAUAGAAAAAUUAAAUCAUCGACCAGUGAAAAUAUACGCCUGGACAAAGAUGUUUUAGCAUUUAUUAGAAAUGAAGAAAAAAUAGUGGUGCCGCAGAGUAAUUCGCCACACAUGAAAAUUAAAACUAAGCUGAAAGGCAGGAGCAAGGUCUCUCCACAAGAUGUAUUUCAGGAAGGUGGUGGAGAAUUGCAACUUGCUGAGAAACUUCCACAAGAAUACACAGAAUAUGAAAAUGACAGUGGUCUGGCUGUUCAUGGGGAGGAGCAAGCAAGACACCCACCAAAUAGAAGACGGAAACAGGGAACGCGCCAUUAUCAGCAUCGUAAACAAAGGCUACGAAGAAACAGGGACGACUCCCAGAGUAGUGGGACUGUUUUAGUAGUAAAAAAGAAUGAUAGUGAUAAACAAAAGGCUGGUGACACAGAACUAAUAAGAUCAGAAAGGGAGUCGUUGGUUGUCGAGGUGAGGAACCCAGAGUGGGAAGAGAAUAAUAACAGAAACAAGAACGUCGAGGGGUUAAAAGGUGAACAAGGCAAUCCACAGCUGAACAGCAGUGGAGUGGGCCAUUUGAGGGAGAAAGUACAUGUGAGAAUAGAGCAGCAACAGGGAGGCGGCAAAAGAGAACACGUUAUCAUCGUCCGAGGUGUACAGGAACUCAAAGAAGAACAGGCAGGAAAGCAAAUGGUCGUCGUCGUUGUCGACCAAGAAGAACUUCACCAGCAGCAACGUAUACAGGUGAAGGUAACACAUCACAAUGCACACCAAAGAAACCAACAGUCAGGUUCAGAAAACCAGCUGGAAGAGCCCAGUGAGCCCAAGGCCUCAGCUCUUAACCUCAGCACAGAGAAGAUAAGUGAUGGGGACAACUUGCAGGCUAAUUUCACGCGUCCCAAGAAGAAUGACCACCUUCUCCAGCGGGAGCGGGUGUUUGACGGUCACCAGCAAGGAGAGCCUUUAAACAACCAGGAGUUGAAUCUAGAGUUGCAAGACGAGGCAGGAAAGGAAGUGGAAGAAAUUCAGCAGGUUUACGGAGGUGUGGAAUGGGAGACCGACAGAUGGGAAGGCGGGCGAAUACUCUGCCAGGGAGCUGCAUUUUUCACAAACCUAGUAACAGCAGCUUCUGCGUUGACUGUAGCUGUUAUUGCCAUUGACAGGUACCUGGCUAUCGUGAGGCCGUUGGUGUAUGGCGUUAUGGUCACUAGGGGAAGGUGUCUGCUGAUGCUAAUAUGGUGCUGGAGUCAGGCAUUAUUAACGGCACUGCCUCCGUUGCUUGGCUGGGCAAGGUACGAGCGCCGUGAGCCAUAUGGCAGAUGCGGUGUGGCUUGGGGGGAAUCCCCUUCGUACACAGCCGUUUGGACCAUUUCAGUCUUUUUAAUCCCCUUUAGCAUCAUGACUGUCUGCUACUAUCACAUACUCCAGGUUGCGCGUAACAAGUGCAGAAGGAUCCGUGUGGGAAAGAUGUCCGAAACCUCGCCUCCACACACCCCUGACCCGACAGCAGCCUGCCUUGAUGGAUUCCCCUUCCCCUUAAGCGUGGCACACCUGACCUCUCCUCCCCUGGGAGGGAAAUUGGCGUCGCCUCGCCCACCCAGUCCUACAUUAAGGAAGCUGUCGUCCUUUGGGAACCUAACUAACUCCUCCCUGGGCAGUCAGGCUCACUGUCCGGCGGGGAGCCAUGCUAGUCAUUGGAAUGGAGCUGGUCACCCUCUAGUCAAAAAUUCGGGGACAUCAAGUGGGGUUUUAGACUCUCGCUUGGGUGGAAUACCCUGUCGCAGCUAUAGUGUCAGUGGCAUGUUAAGGGCAGUUGACUCUGCUACUAACACCAAUGAUCCAUCUCACAAACCAAAACGAAAACUUGGUGAUUUUGGCAGGUCACGCUCCCUCUGUCAGGUUCCACAGCAACCUCCCCGGCCUUGCCUUCGCAGGGUUCAGAGCACUUUCAGUGUUCGACACACGCUAAAAAAAUUGAGUCUUGGGACUCGUCGGCCUUCCUGGAGUUGGGAGGGUUCUCCAAGCAAAGGAUUUUGGACUGUCUUUGUUGUAAUGGGAGCUCACCUGGUAACCUGGGGCCCAUAUACUUGUAUGGCAAUUGCUGAAGCCAUUUUGGGUCGUGGGCGCCUUCAGUCCCUUCCCCCAUGGGUUAUGGUAACAUGCACACUUCUAUUAUUCACGGCAAGUGUGUUUUAUCCCAUCGUGUACGGGCUUUAUAAUCGUAAUAUCAGGAAGGAGGUAUUGACAUGCCUCUGUCCGACCUGGGCCAGGAAGCGUGGUAGUCAGGCUCGCAGGCCAUCGACUUUGCCGUCGUAUUCUGGUAGCGUACUGGAUUUCACUUCGCUUCGUCAGCGUAGUGCUUCAGAUAAACCGGAGUUAUGUCCCAAUCCAGCCAAUGGCAUUACAGGGACUAUUGCAACCAUAUCAAGUAGAGUAGGAUCUCUUGCUUGUCCUAUGCCCCUUAUGAUAAUGGGUGAAGAUGACACAUUCCCUGUAAGGGGAUAUAACCUCAACCUCAGGAAACCUUCUCAAGAUUCAGACUGGUGUUUGUACGAUCUUUCUCCAUCUUUCGAUAAGAAAAAGAAAAAACUGGCAGGAACAGUGAUGGUUGGUGGUGAGGAUCAAGAUUCUGAUGUAGAUACCCCUGCACCAACUCCCCGUCAGUACACAACACGUCGUGUUUCAGCUCCAAGCGUUCUUUCUACAGUGAAAGAAGAUCCACACUCAACUACAGUUUGUAUUGAAGAUAACCCCAAAGUUGGUCGUCAUUACAGCAUAAGUGGCAGGAACCUUCCAUCUCACAGAAAAAUGACUGUAAUUCCUUUGCCCGAAUCCUUUAAUGUUAACAGUGUUGUGGGAUCUUCACUACGUCGCUCAAGGAGCCUUGAUAAAAUUCAUUCUCCGGAGAAAGAUAUUGUAUUGGAUAGCAUAGCUUACAGAUCGUUAAGAAAGAAACGUAUUCCCCCAGUUGUGCGAGAAACUCAAUUUAAUACGCCAGUCACUAGUGAAAGAGUACAAAGGAGGAGGGGAUCCAUUGCUGUGAUGAAGGUUAGUGCCAUUCCUGAAGACUGUGGUGUUACAGAGUACCCUGAAGUUACAGAUUCAGGUCGAGGUAGUGUUGACAGUGGCCGGAUAACCAGACCUCGAAUAGUAAAUGGUCGAGGUAGUGUAGAUAGCACAGACUUAACUAAAACUUUUUCUCUUCGAUGUCGUGGUAGUACUGAAGGUCCAGAACAAAGUAAAGCUCAUGCAUUUAAUAGACGAGGUAGUGUAGACAGCACAGAACUCGCCAUGGCACGGAGCAAGAAAAGAGAAAACAGAGAUAGUGUAGAUUUGGGUAAAAAUCCUGCAAGUAGACAGAUUAGUAUUGAUGAAGGAAUUGGAAGCGAAUGUCUUCCAGAGGAAAGCAAUUGGGAAUAAGAAUAACCAUACUUAUGUACUCUCAUGAACAUUUGGUAAAAUGCCAUAAGGAGAGGUAACAAGUAUCUUUUAGCACAAAUUAAUGUUAAAAGUAUUUACCUUUAGUCAAACCACAUUCCUUGCUUGUGUCAGGUCUCAACUGUUGUACUAUAAUUGUUCAUACAGUAAUUGUAAUGAGCUACUUUUACUAUAAACUGGUAUUACAUAUUCCUGAAGUGUAAUAACUUAAAUGUUUUUAAAUAGACAAUGGAUAUCAUAAAUGUCUAGAUGUGUUGUAAUUUUUAUGUAUCGACUUCUGCAUUACUAUAUUUUUGAAACCUGCAGAGUCAAAAGAAUUUAGUGAGAAACAGAUAGGAAUUUCUGUGUAAAAGUUUCACAAUUAAUCUACUUACAAUAAUAGAUUAUGUAUUUUUACCUAAAUAAAGAAUA